AAGUUAAUCUUAGACUAGAAGCUAAUAAAAUGAACUAGUCCACAAUCUGAGCAGUCCACCUAGAAUGUCUUUCAAGCCAAGCUUUUGCCAACACUAGGCACCCUAGUUUAACAUUCUCCAAUCUCUUUUUAGUCCUAUAUAAUGGGGUGACAUGGUCACAACCCCUUCAUUACUCACAGCACACUUCCGGUUCUUUAUACUAGGACUACAGCAAUGGAGUCAAAAAGUUUAGCUCCCAUUCUCUUCCUCUUCUUCCUUCUCUUUGGAACCUUAACAGCUUCCCCUACCCUCAAAUCCAGGCCUCACCCUCGCCGUCCUCUCCCUUGCAAACGCCUCGUUUUCUAUUUCCACGAUAUCAUCUACAAUGGUAGAAACUCCAAGAAUGCCACAGCAGCAAUUGUGGGUGCACCCGCUUGGGGCAACAAGACCAUAUUGACAGGGAAAAAUCAUUUUGGGAAUAUGGUUGUGUUCGACGAUCCAAUCACUUUGGACAACAAUUUGCACUCAACCCCGGUUGGUCGUGCUCAAGGCUUUUACUUGUACGACAAGAAAGAUAUAUUCACUGCAUGGCUCGGGUUCUCCUUCGUGUUCAACUCAACCCAACACAGAGGGAGCAUCAACUUUGCUGGUGCUGAUCCAUUGAUGAACAAGACCAGAGACAUUUCGGUUAUUGGUGGAACUGGUGACUUCUUCAUGACUAGAGGGAUUGCUACCUUGAUGACUGAUGCAUUUGAGGGUGAAGUCUAUUUCCGUCUCAAAGUUGACAUUAAAUUGUACGAGUGUUGGUAAAGAAUACAUUGUGACCAGCACGAUCACUAAGUAUUUGUUGUUGCUAGGUUUUGAGUCCAUGGCAUUGUUUUCCAUUUGUUUAACUUUUUAGUCGAGUUUUAUGCAGCUAAAAAAAGCUGAGUUUGGUCUUUCAUUUUGGCCCAUCAACCCGGCAAUCUAGUUUAUUGGGUUAUCAGCAUUUUUAUUG